AUGAGCGCCACGGGCACCGUUAAGUCCUUCAAUGGCGCAAAGGGCUUCGGUUUCAUCGACUGCGGCACGGGAACAGAUGUCUUUAUUCACAUCAAGGACUGCGUCGACGGAAACCAGCCAGCAGCAGGCGACGUGCUGACGUUUGACCUGGAGCCCAGCAAGUCGAAGCCGGGGCAGAUGCAGGCCAAAAACGUUAAAGGUGGAACGGCUGUGAAAGAGCAGCCUGGCGCCACUGACCCGUUUGGCUCCUUCGCAGCUGCUAAAGGCAUGGGCACCAGACAAGGAACUGUCAAGACCUUCAAUGCUGAGAAAGGAUUUGGCUUCAUCGCCGUGGAGGAUGGAGGGCCCGACGUCUUCUUGCAUGUCAAGCAGUGCGUUGGCACCAUGCCUAAGCCCGGCGACAUCGUCACGUACGAUGUUGAGCCCAGCAUCAACAGACCAGGUCAGAUGGUUGCAAAAAAUGUAACCGGUGGAUCUAUGCCGCUGGCUACACCUGGCCAGCCACAGGCUGGAUACGGUCCUGUCCGGACUGGCGUAGAGGUGGCCCAGCUUGCCAACCCAUAUGCCCAGAACGGCAUGUUGGGAGCAAUGAAUAUGGGCUGUGCUGGCCUAGGCAUGACAGCAAUGCCUGGCAUGGGCCUCGGUGACAUGAGUGCCAUGGGAGGGAUGGCGCCUCAACUGGGCUGCGCUGGCUUCAGUGGUUGCGCCGGAUGCCCUGGCUGCGGUUGUGGUUGUGGCUGUGGAGGCUGCGGCGCAUGUGGUGCCUGCGGCGCCUGUGGCGCUUGCGGCGGUUGUGGCUGUGGUGCCUGUGGUGGCUGCGGUCUGGGCGAUUGCUCUGGCUGUGGAGCUUGCGGCUGCACUGGCUGCGGUGGCCUUGGUGAUUGCUCAGGCUGCGGCGCAUGUGGCUGCACUGGCUGUGGCGGACUAGACGGUGGCUGCGGAGCCUGUGGCUGUGCAGGCUGCGGUGCCUGUAGCAGCUGCGGCUGUGGAUGUGGAUGUGGUUGCGGUCUGAAUGGUUGUGGCAAUGGUGGCUGCAUGCCAACAGACAUGAAUGCCUUGGGCGGCCUAUCUGCCUGCGGCUGCCAAGGAGCAUGUGCAGGUUUAGGAGCUUGCGAUGGUUGCGGCAUGUCGCAGCCAAUGCUCGGAGAGCAGACGAUGGCAGCCAUGCCAGCCGCAGAGCCUGUGCCAGAGGAUUUUGGCACUUAG